AAACCUGUCAAAACCUGUCAAAACAAGUAAACACUGGCUCUCAUUUCUUCAAGAACACACAAGCCACCCUUCAGCCCCAGCUGGAUAAGCGCAAAUUUGCCUGCGCAACACUCCGAUUCAUCUUCUUCCUCUGAAAUCUUUUCUUCCUUCUCUGUGAAAGCAUCUCAAAAUGGGAAUUUCAUUUAGCAGUCAUAGAAGAAGGAACCACACUUAUUACCACCACCAUCCUCCACCUUACUAUUACUCCACUGAACCCCUCCCUCUCCACCCACCUCCACCUCCGCCGCCACCUCCCCAAAAUUUCUUUACAACGACGCCAACUGGGGCAACCCAACCGCCGACACCUCCUCCUCCUGCUCCUCCAAUUCAAUCCUAUUACAGUUCUCAUCCCUAUCAUGCAUGCAGUUAUGCGAACAGAUUUAACUACCAGCCUUAUUAUUACGCUCAUCAGACUAAUUGGUGGCCUGCGAUUAGGCCUAAUGUGGAUAUUGGGCAGCCGAUUGAGCUUGCUCCUUACAUUGAGCAUCAGAAUGCAAAGAAAGUCAGAAGUGACGUGAACGUGCAUAAGGAUGCGUUAAAGGUUGAAAUUGAUGAGCACAACCCUGAUAAUUACUUGGUUUCUUUCGUUUUCGAUGCUUUACUUGAUGGGAGCAUUACAAUUUUCUAUUUUGCAAAGGAAGAGGACAACUCUAGGUUUGUUCCUCUAUUUCCUGAAGCCCAUUUGCCUGUCAGAAUCCCCUUCCAGAAAGGUCUUGGCCAGAAGUUUCGCCAGCCUUCAGGAACCGGCAUUGACUUGGGUUUCUUUGAGUUGGAUGAUCUUUCAAAACCAUCACCUGGAGAAGAUGUUUUUCCACUUGUCAUAGUUGCUGAAACAUGGUUGCCAGUUGAUUCCACAGAUGAACAUGAUUCUGUGCAAAACACAACUGGCCAAAUGCAGAUUACUCAAGGUGUUCUUGAGAAGAGGAACAGUGGCACUUUUCAAGUUAGAGUAGUAAAACAAAUGUUGUGGAUUGAUGGAAUUCGAUACGAGCUACGAGAGCUAUAUGGAAUAGGAAGAUCGGCAGCUGAAGGCUUCAAUGACUGUGACCCAGGGAAGGAAUGUGUGAUUUGCAUGACUGAACCUAAGGAUACUGCUGCACUACCUUGCCGACACAUGUGUAUGUGCAGCGAGUGUGCAAAAGCAUUGAGGCUUCAAUCAAAUAAGUGCCCCAUAUGUCGUCAGCCAAUUGAAGAACUUAUAGAGAUCAAGAUAAAUAAUGGUGAUCAAUAAUAGUAUUUUUUGCUUCGCACCAAUUUGGAUUUAUGAUGACAUUAUAUCUAUCCAUGAGAUGGAGAACAAUCUGUUUCCUCAUUUGAACUUUUAAAAGAGUGUGAAUAGAAUUUGUGCUUCUUGCUUUGGGUAAGUCCCAUAUUCCCAACUUUCAUCAUUGAAUUCAGUUUUUCUUUGUAUAUAUGCAUAUUUUAAGCACAUGUAGAAUAAACAUUUUUGUCUGGUGAGCAAGCAUGGACAUGGAGAUUCAAAGGAGAAGAAAGAGAAGUUGUAAGACAACAAGAUUGGAGGAACCUACCAAAUAUAUAGAAGUAUCUCUUUUCCUUCAAGCCAUCAGCCAAAAAGAGAGGCUGUGUGGGAAUAUUUGCCUUGGAAGUUAGCGUUAAAGAUAAUAAAAACUGACAAUCUUCAAAAUAUAUAUAUACCUUUAGAAGUUGUUACCUUUGAAUGGAUGAGAACACAAAAGCUACGCAAUUAUACUAAUCACCCUUUGCAUCAUGUUCCUUGCCAGUGAAGGAUGCAGAGAAGAGGAGUGAUUUUUCUUUCUUUAAUUGCAAAUUAUGUGUGCAUUUCUUUUAUCAAAUUUGCUUUGUUAAGAUUAUUUUUGUAUAGCUCUUCUUUGCUUUCUUUUUGAAUUGCUAUUCCAUUUUUGUGCAUUUUAAAAUCAUGGCCCAACCACCUAUUUUAUUUCAACCGUGGGCCAUUUUCUGAGCAAGUUGGGAUGUGUCCACAAGCAGACAACCAUAUCUUGGGAAGCUCAGGCUUUGCCGUUGCCUCAGUCAGCUCGUGGCUUAUGCUAUGAGUUCCAAAUUAUCAACCCAAGCAAAUAUGCAUCGUCACAAGUAGGUGUCUUUCCUCUGAUGGAAUGCGUUGCUUGUGGAAUUUUUCACAAAUCAGAAAUUAGAACAUUGUCUUUCUCAGACAAUAGUCAUGCUUUUGGGUGUCAUACCCAAAUAGAUACUUCAUGAUUUUCAUUGUAGUAAAAGCUUGGAUAAGAGGGAGAGAGCAAUGUAGACGUCACUGCUCUUGUUGGGGCUACCAUCUACUAGCAAACUUCCAUUUCAUUUGGUAACCUGUAAGGAUGAGAAAGAAGAAUUACGGUGGAAAUGAUCAUAUUCAUGAAACUGAGAGCUGCACCAAAACGGCAAGUAGAAAAAAGUCUCCUGGAGAAAGCCUCGUUAAGAAUAUCCCAAAAUGUGAAAAAUGAAGCUAGAGAGAUAGCCAUUAUUUAUGAAUUUGUUCAACCGUAUAGCUUGGAUCCUUGUGAAUUUGGAAUCAAAAGAUCAUUUCUUGCAUUUGGGUGAUGAUAUAUAAUGCAAAGUGUAGCAGAGUACCAUAGGGUAGGCGUAGCAUAUAUACAUAUAAGAA